UAUAACAGAAAAGGAUCAGAAAGAAAUUGCAGGUCUAGUAUUUCUAUUCUUUUUAGAACAACAGCUUUAUAAAUAGAACAAGAAUUCAGCUUUUCUAAACAGCAUUUCUCAUCAAACAACAAUCAUUCAUUCAAUUUCAUUCUUCACUCUCUCAUUAUCACUUUAUCAUCAAAAUGUGGACUACUGAGGAACAAAACAGAAGAAGAAGAAGAAUCUGCUUUGUUGCUGUUUCUAUAGUUAUUUCACUGCAUCUGAUGGGUUUGGUGUCUGCAACUAGUAGAACUUUUACAACUAAUCAUGAAGCUCAUCAUCAACAACAAGCAGGACAAAUCUCAGAAUAUAUUUCACCAGCACCUUUAAGCAGCUCACAACAGGAAUUUCUUCAGGGUAUGGGUGGGAGUGAUGGAGAAUAUAAAAUGUUGAGUACACUUGGAUCUAGACCACCAAGCUGUGAGCAUAAAUGUGGAGGAUGUGUACCAUGUGAAGCAAUACAAGUUCCAACAACUACUGAUAGAGUUGGUAUUCAAUAUGCAAAUUAUGAACCAGAAGGAUGGAAAUGCAAAUGUGGAACUACUUUCUUUAAUCCUUGAGAAAACACAAAAAAUCAAAAGACGAAACA